UUUCAUUGAGUAAUUUGUACGGGAGUGCAGACGACAACCGGUGCAGUCGAAUGCUGGAAACCCUCGUGGUAGCGCGUCUUCAGUGUUAGUGCUUCUUGUUUGUGACUUAUCCUUAGGAUUACCUGAAAUGGGGCCGCUCCAGGUGCUCCUGCUAUUGAUCGUCACAACAACAAUCCGAUCCGCAGAACCAGAAAAACCACCUCCGACCAUCACCCGCACAGAGAUCAAGGUUUCCAGGAGUCUAAAUCCCGAAGACAUGCAAACUCUUAACGUCGUGACGAAAGAUGGGAACGUUGCACAACUUAUCGUAAAAAGACGCGAUAGAAAAACUGAAACGUCGAAGAGUGAUGAUGUUAAGGAUAACCACAUUUCACGAGCCAUUUAUACGAACUGGAUCCCGGUUUCUUCAUUCUACUACCAACCGAAUAUUAUCCGCUUAGAUACGAUUGCCUUGGUGCGAAACUCCACUCAAGAAAAGAAAUCAAAUGUCAUUGAUAGUGAUAGGAUUCCGAACGUGCCAAAACCGGUUACUAUUCGGUCGGGAGACAUUUAUAUAAAAAACAGUGACAAAAAGCGUGGUCGUUCUAUUGUGCAAAUGGAUCAAGACGGAAUUCCAGUCAUUCACGGUGUUCGUGUUCCUGAUGAUGAAUCGGAUAGGCAGACCUGGAGGAAUGCGAGGGUGAUCAAUGGUGAAUUAGUACCGUACGAAGAAGGGUAUAAACCUCCAGCUGCUGUUCCGAUCGGUCAGUUGAUUUAUGCUAGUCAGGCUAAAGAUAAAGAUGACAUGAGAAGUCUUGGACCUUUCACGAAACAGGAUAACUACAAGGAUGAGAGUCAGAAUAGUUUUGGUCCUUUCACCGUCAAGGAUAACCUUCCAGGCGAAAAACCGAAACAGAAUGAAGAUUACGUGCGUUUUAAUAGUCAAUCAGGAAUCGGUCCAUUCACGAAAGCGGACAAUGCCAAACUCACUAGUUCUAAACUGAUUGAUUAUAUCAAAGAAAUUAACGCGAAGGAGAGUAAAAGAGAUUACUUCGCACGGAGGAAGUACAGAUCUUACGAUGACAAUUCGCAAAUGCAGAGAAGGAUGUUGCAGUAUCCUGGACAACACUCGUAUCCGAACUCGUUGUUGUACACCCCGACGAGUGCCAAACUGAGCCCUGUUACAUUCAAUGAGGGUGUUCGCACCCCUGUUUUACAGUAUGCCCAUCCAGAGUUAGGGGUGCAGCCGGCAAAAGCCACGCCUGAAGAAGACGAAAUGAUUCAGUACAAAGACAAUCAAUAUGAAGUGGACAGUGGACGUCAAUCGCAAUAUUACGACGAUAACGUUAACACCGUAGAUUAUUACAGGAAAGAUGUUAUGAAUUAUCCUUACAACACUUACUACAUUAAACCGAAGCCAGAACAACCCUUUUGGAUUCGAAUAACGGAGAGUAUCAAAGAUAACGUUCAGAGUGGGUUUGAGAGAAUGCAACAACUAACUCGCCCCGUGUUUGAACCCUUGGUGGAAGCAACUCACAAAAUUUCUCACAAUCUGGGUUUUUCUAAAGAACCUCAUGCCCAAAAUAAAGUGGGCUUGAUAGCCCCUAUGGGAAGUUCCGUCAUUUUGCCCGCUUUGGGUCUAGUGGCUGGUGGCGCAGCUUUAGGUUUAGGCGCAGCCGCAGUGGGUAGGUUUUUGAACCCUGCGGAUAUGAGAGGAUUUCAGGGUGUUAACCCUAAUGAUAUCGUCGUUAUAAUGGAAGAACCUCCCACUCAAGAACACGAAGAACGUAAAAGGUUUAGGCGAAACGUGGAAGAUGAGUUUUAUAUGCAAAAAUUAGUUGCUAAUGUGGAGAAGGACAAGGGUUUGCACCACUUCGCAGCACCACAUUUUUGGUCCGACACCCCCUGUGCCAAACGACUUUUCUGUGAUGUAAUGGUACGCCAAAACGACGAUGAGGUGGUGUUAAUGGAGAAGAAAAUGGACAGUUUGAUGGCAUCGGUGCAUCCCGACGUGGCGAAUCAAGUCUCGCAUCAUCUCCAAGAAGUCAUGGACGCGGUGAAGAUGAGAGAUUGCUCGAAAUUUUACUGCAGCAGGAGGUACACGUUUCCGGCACCGGCGGCAUAAUAAGCUAAAUUAUCGUGCGAAAAAAAUUGUUGUAAUUAUUUGUUUCGACCACCCAUGACAACUGUCCUAAAAAACCAUGUUGUAUUAUGUGAAUAUUUAUUUUGUUAAUUUUAGUAGUUUCCGUUGAAACAUUAUAUUAAUGUUACCUAUAUAGUAUUGUGUUAGAUAAUUAAAAAAUGUUAACUAACAAUUGUGCAAACGAUUGUUCGUUUGAAUCUAUUGCCAUAUUUUUUUACGUAUGGUAUCAAAAUUUUGUAUUAGGUACAGCAUGCGCCAAAUUUAGUAUUUUGUGAACAGUUUGCAAAAAUGGUGUGAAUCAAAAGUGGGGUUGUUACGAUUUCACUCGCAAACUGUAUUUUUGUCCACCAUUAUUUUUGUGUUGUCAUUAUUUAUGUGACAUAGACGUUAUAACUAUUAGUGAUAUUAAAUAACUUGUACAUAGUUUUCGAGCUUAUCCUAAUUUAUAAAAUAGUAUGUUUUUAUGUUAAGAAUUAAUUUUUUCGAAUAAAGCUUUAUAAAAUA